AUGCAUAAUUUCAUAAAAUACGACAAGACCGUCAAUUUUGAAGAUAGAUCACGCAUGAAAGACAAAAGUCCAUAUCCAGGAAAAGCAGAUCACGACGGCAGGAACAAUUAUAGGGAAAAAAGUCCUCAUCCCGAUAGAUAUAACGACAAUAGGUUCAGAGAUAAUAACAGAAAUACAAGAAAUAGUAGAGACAGGUCUUAUUCGAGGGACAGGGAAAAUUCAUUCAAUAGGUCCAGUGGAGAAAUGCGUAAUAAUAGAGAGAGGUCUUACGACAGAUCCAGAGAUACAAGCAGAAAUCGAUAUAACAACAGAAAUCGUGGAAAUGAAGCAAAUGGGAAACAGCACAGUAGGGACAACAGCAGGGACAGAUACUCAAGAUCCACAACGCCGGAAAAACUAAACAGAAGAGAAAACAUAACAUGCUACAUAUGCCAUGAAGAUGGACACUAUGCUAACGAUUGCAAUUUUUCAAAAAACGAAUAG